UACAUGCUGGGGGUUCUAUGGUGUUGUCUGUGGCUCACACGGAAAGGCUAACAACUCCUGAAGCCUUCACUCGUCCGAACAACAGUGCUGCGUGGAAUCCUUUCCUUCGUGGACGGACACCAAGACUUCUUUCAGCGGAAGAUGCCGGAAAAUCGACUGGUGUGUAGGCCUAUAGAGAAUAUGUAGGCCUAUACCACCUGUAUAUCUACCGAGAGGCGCUACACUGUGCUGUCCGGAUAUGUAAAGCCAAUGCCUUAUUGCGUAACUGAGAGAUAAUUAUACGACGUUCCUUAUGCGCAGGUAAGAAAACCGGUUGAUCCGCGAAAUAUACGGAGAAAAAAUUGUCCAACCCACUCACAGGUAAGAGCCGUCAUCAGAGUUCAUGCACCGUCUCUGUGCUCGUAUGAUAUACGGACCUGGUUAUUUAGAUAGAAGAGAGGGGAGAAAAGUCUGAAAACCCGCAUGGCGAAGAUUGCUCGUUUACACCGGGUUUGCGCCGCCAUGAGGUUGUCUCAUCAGCAAAAUAAAUCCAGACAAGGCGACAUACUUCAAAUUUAAGAUUCAGUGAGGUAUUUCAUAACGAAGAACCUUCUUCAAAGAUUCUUGGCAUCUCGCUGAGGAUGGCGUCUGCUGGCAGGGAUUUGCUGACCACUGAGGGGAGUGUUGUCCUUUCCACUGCUGGCGACGGUCUGACCCGUCCCGGGGUUCCCAGGGGUAUGGCUAACAUGACGGUCCGGUACUCACCGGAGCAGUGUGCCUAUGCCGGAAUCACCUUGCUCAUGUCUGCGGUGUCUGUUCUCGGUUGUACACUUAUUCUAUACACGUUCCUUCGCUUCAAGGAUCUUCGCACCACCAGUCGGAAACUGUUGGUGUACCUGAGUUUAUCGGACUGCCUCAGUUCUGUGGGUCACGUGCUGGGUGCCAUGGCUUACCUACAGGUGGGUAAAUUGACAGGCCCUCGGGAUCUGAUGUGUCAGGUACCAGCUUUACUCUCCAUGUACGCGGACUUGAGCUCUUUCCUAUGGACCGGAGCCUUGGCCGUCUAUCUCUACCUGUGUAUCGUGUGGAACUUCAUCACCGUGGCCAAUAAGCUCGUCUGGCUGUUCCAUGUGAUCUGCUGGGGAGCUCCAGUGGCAGUUGUGGUCAGCGCACUUGUGUAUGGGGUGGUCGGCUAUAACGUCCAGCUUGUCCGGUACUUCGGCCACCCGUCCUGGUGUGGGGUGGACUCCAGUCGGACGGACGUCGUACAGUGGGUGUAUCUGACUGGACAGGGUUGGCAGAUGGGUGUCUUCUGUCUUGCUGCUCCACUGUUUCUUCUCACCAGCCUCUAUAUACGAAAAGAGAUACGGCGUGACAGGGAGCAGAUGUUAGGCCGUGACACAGUUACGGCAAUCCAAUCUGCCAACAGAACACUGAGAUUUGUUCCCGCCCUCUUUGUCGUCAUUAGGGUCUGGGGCACGAUUCGAUUUUUGCUAAUGACCUACGACCAUGCUCAUCGUCACAGCACAGUGGGGAUGGCCUUUCUCAUUUUACAGGCUUUAGGGGAUAAUUCUCAAGGGUUCGUCAACGCGCUACUGUUUUGUGUCUGUACAAAACGUGUGAGGCGAAGGCUGAACCGUGUGUUUUACUGCUCAAGACGCUGUCCUUGUAGGAGAAAGAAGAUCAAAUUUCCGGAAUUCCAAGCUAGUUUUCAGAAGCGAUUCGACGAGGAAUUAAGUUCCUGUUCAGAAAUUGUGAAUAUAAACACAAGUGAGACAUCUCCUAUUUUAACCUAGCACAAAAAGUUGACGCCGAU